GGCGGGUUUCGCAAUCGCCGCUCGGCCGCGCUCCGCGCGUGAACGAGGAGGCUCGGGCCCGGCCGCGCCCCUCCCCUCCGCCGCCGCCCGCGCCGCCACAGGGUUCACCUUGCUCUUAACCCAUGUGAAGACCUGCUGGAAACACGAUCUAGAAAAGAGUUUUCAAUCUUCUAAUAUUCUGUUGUGUCAAAGAAGAGCCCGUCCAAAUGAGCAAGACAUCCCCGCAGAACACCGCUACAGAUGCGAACGGAGUAAGCGUGAUUCACACCCAGGCGCACAGCAGUGGUUUGCAGCAGGUUCCCCAGCUGGUUCCCGUUAGUCCUGGUGGUGGAGGCAAAGCUGUGCCUCCCAGCAAGCAGGGAAAGAAAAAUUCCUUUGUGGAUAGAAACAGCGAUGAGUAUCGUCAGCGCAGAGAGCGAAACAACAUGGCAGUGAAAAAGAGCCGGUUAAAAAGCAAACAGAAAGCACAAGACACGCUGCAAAGGGUCACCCAGCUCAAAGAAGAAAAUGAACGUUUAGAGGCGAAAAUUAAGCUCCUGACCAAGGAGCUGAGCGUACUGAAAGACUUAUUCCUUGAGCAUGCACACAGUCUCGCAGACAAUGUGCAACCUGUUGGCACUGAAAGCACCACAACAAAUCCAGAAAACAGUGGGCAGUAGUCACUGCCACAGCCCGACGGGAUGAACUCUGGAGGUGCAGCCUGUCCGCACCACCCAUGCAGUAACUGAGCAAAUGAGGGGUUCUUUUAACCAUCAUUGUGUGUGGAUCUUUUUAGGUUUAGCACUGAAGAUUUGAUACAGUUAAACCAGAAACUGCUUAGGGUAUUUCUUCAAAGGCGUUAAAUAUUUUUCUCUUCUAGAAGAUUUGUCUAAUAAGUGCAGAUCUAAAUCCUUAGUCAGCAAGGAGCUUACUAUUACAGAAAUAGCAUUUCACAGAUGUACUUACCUUCUCACAUUUAGCAUAACGGGAGAAAUUCAUCAAGAUGGUUCACUGUAGUAUCAGAAAGUCAUAAUUGGGUGAAUUCCUUUAAAUACCUUUUAGUGCAUUUAAGCCCUUUCUUUUCUCCAUUACAUAUUACAAACUGCAAAGGCCGUAGAGAGUUUGUUGUCCUGUUUGGUGAACUGCUUUUCUACCUACAGAGCAAUUCCUGCAAAGCACCACUUAGGUUUUUCCAAUCUGCUUACAGUUAAUGGGCAGGGCACAGUAAUAGCAAGCUGGGGUACUUCAAGACGUGUUCUAAAAAAACAGCAACAUUCUUUAGUGAUCUUUACAGGCACUUCCACAGGGCAAGUGGUGGUCUGAACCAAGCAGCACAAGGCCUUUUAUGCCUGUGUUCAUGUUUACUUGGCUUGCACAGUGACCGUGGGGCGUUAGGUGAACAAGAUUUUGGUUUCCAGAAAAUGUAAAAAUGCUACCAACAACCUAUGCUCUGCAAAACUGCAUUCCUGCUGGGGUGCGGGUAUCAGGGAGAACAAAAUACACAGCUUGGCUGAGCAACAAAAGGGGUAGGGCAGCAUCUGAACAGCAAGAAUGUGUGGAUCUUAGCUCACUUAUGUUCAUUUCCAUUCUCACAGCCAUUCAGAUUUGCAGCCAAGCCUGUACAGAAAUGCACAGUGAUUUUAAAACUAAUUGCCCUCGUUUGAACACCUGAUUCGGCAGAAUUUCUAUAGCCAUCACAGUUGUGUGAAGGAGUAUCUUCAGUCUUAUUUCCAUAGAAAUUUUUCUAUAGCAGUUUUUUAAAUACUAGUGAUAAGUUUUUGCCAUGAUCCAUAAUGCAGUGGUAUGUACUAUAUAUUGAGGAUUUUAACAGCAAAAGUAAAGCAGGAACUUUGGCAUAACCUUAAUUUAUUUUCAUUUUUAAGUAUUUCGUUGAUGGUAUGGUUGUGUUACAUUUAACCUGUGUGUCUGGCUAGUGGAUUAUUACACUGUCUUAAUUUCCCUCCUACACUACCUUUUUCCCAUAUUUUGUAGGAUGCUUGUUUGCCUUGUACCUGUACUUAGGAAAAAACCCUUGGAUAUUAUCUCUAUGAAGAUGCUGUUAGAAAAUAAAGCCUUUAAAAGUU